AUGGUUUCUCAAAGCGUCAACAAGACAGGCCUCCACCCGGCCGGUGUCCAGCCUUCAAAGGAUCAUACUGAGAUCGAGGAAGAGCUCCAUGACCGAGCACACAUUGACUACGACCGCGUUGCCAUUGUCGCCAACCCCUCAGUAGCUGCUCUUUACGAGGAUGCUCUCGUAUACGAAUCUGGCUCAGCCAUCACAUCGACCGGUGCGCUUUCUGCGUACUCGGGAGCCAAGACUGGACGUUCGCCCUCGGACAAGCGAAUCGUAGAGGAGGACUCGUCGAAAAACGACGUUUGGUGGGGCCCCGUGAACAAGCCCAUGACGCCUGAUGUCUGGCGCAUCAACCGCGAGCGUGCCAUCGACUACCUCAACACCCGGAACCGCAUCUACGUCGUCGACGGCUUCGCAGGAUGGGAUGAGCGCUACCGGAUACGCGUGCGCGUCGUCUGCGCCCGCGCCUACCACGCGCUCUUCAUGCGCAACAUGUUGAUCCGCCCGUCCAAGGAGGAGCUUGAGCACUUCCAUCCCGACUACGUCAUCUACAAUGCCGGCGCUUUCCCCGCGAACAGAUACACUGCCGGCAUGACUUCAUCGACGUCCGUGGCCAUCAACUUUGCCGAGAAGGAGAUGGUCAUCCUCGGUACCGAGUAUGCUGGUGAGAUGAAGAAGGGCAUCUUCACCGUGCUCUUCUUUGAGAUGCCUGUUAAGCACAACGUCCUUACCCUGCACUCGUCAGCGAACGAGGGCCAGGACGGAGACGUCACUGUCUUCUUCGGUCUGUCAGGCACCGGAAAGACCACCCUGUCUGCCGACCCCAAGCGUGCACUCAUCGGCGAUGACGAGCACUGCUGGAGCGAUACGGGUGUGUUCAACAUUGAGGGUGGUUGCUACGCCAAGACAAUAGGAUUGUCUGCGGAGAAGGAACCCGAUAUUUUCGGUGCCAUCCGCUUUGGUGCCAUCUUGGAGAACGUUGUCUUUGACCCGUCCAGCCGUGUUGUCGACUACGACGAUGACACCCUGACCGAGAACACCCGCUGCGCAUACCCCAUCGAGUACAUCGAGAACACCAAGAUUCCCUGCAUCUCCAACAACCACCCCAAGAACAUUGUUCUGCUCACCUGCGAUGCUCGCGGUGUACUGCCGCCCAUCUCUAAGCUCAGCAGCGAGCAGACCAUGUACCACUUCAUCUCUGGUUACACCUCCAAGAUGGCUGGAACCGAGCAGGGUGUGACCGAGCCCCAGGCCACCUUCUCCUCGUGCUUCGCUCAGCCCUUCUUGGCUCUGCACCCUAUGCGAUAUGCCAAGAUGCUUGCGGAGAAGAUCGAGGAGCACAAGGCCAACGCGUGGUUGCUCAACACCGGCUGGGUCGGUGCUGGAGCCACCACUGGCGGCAAGCGUUGCCCCCUCAAGUACACACGCGCCAUCCUGGACGCCAUCCACUCAGGCGAGCUUGCAAACGUCGAGUACGAGGUGUAUGACACCUUCGGCCUCUCGGUUCCCAAGACGUGCCCCAACGUCCCCGACGAGCUGCUCAACCCCGCCAAGUCGUGGAACGGCACGGCCGACUUCAAGGGUGAGGUCGAGAAGCUCGGCAAGCUCUUCAUGGAGAACUUUAAGAAGUACGAGGAUGAGGCCACGCCCGAGGUCCUCAAGGCGGGCCCCCACGUAUGCUGCUGCCCCAAGCACUAG